CUCUCUGUGUGCCGGGUCAGGAUGGAAAGGCUUUACACAGGCAAGGGGAGGAAACAUGUCAUGAGAGGUGAUGACACAGCCACGGAGACGUAUCCACAUCCUCGCUGACUCCCAAGUUCGCCGCUCGCUUUCGCCUCUGCUGUCCCUGCAUCCCACAGAGGAGAAGAAGAGAGAGAGCCAAAGAUAGCUGCCAUUCUCCUCUCCCUCCACCUCUCCUCUCUCUCUCUUUUUUUUUUUUUUUCACUUUUGUUUGUGGAUGAUGGGAUUUUAAUCAUGUGGAAGACAGCUGAGCGGCUCUUCUGGAUUUCGCUGACGCUGCGCCUGGUCCCGCCUGGCCUCUUCUGAGCAGGAUGGACACUCUGGAGUCAGAGCUGACCUGCCCAAUCUGCCUGGAGCUCUUUGAAGACCCGCUGCUGCUCCCCUGCGCCCACAGCCUGUGCUUCGGCUGCGCCCACCGCAUCCUCGUCUCCCACUGCACCACCAACGAAUCCGUUCAGAGCAUCGGCGCUUUCCAGUGCCCCACCUGUAGAUAUGUCAUUUCCCUGAGUCCGGAGCGUGGACUAGAAGGACUUAAGAGAAACGUGACCUUGCAGAACAUUAUCGAUAGAGUUCAGCGGGCUUCAUCUUCAGCCGGGCUGCCUCUACCGCUGCCUGCCCCCCACAGCGGGCCCAACUCCCCCGGAGAGGAAGGGAGCAACCGGUUGGCGCUGGUCCCCGUCAGCGCCGCCAUGUCCAGCCCUGGCACGCCUCCAGAGCCGGUCCAGUGCCAGUUCUGCGAGCAGGACCCGCCGCAGGACGCCGUUAAGACGUGCGUGACGUGCGAGGUGUCGUACUGCGAGGAGUGCCUCAGAGCCACUCACCCAAACAAGAAGCCGUUCACCGGGCACCGCCUCAUCGAGCCGAUGCCCGACUCCCACCUCAGAGGGCUCCAGUGCCUGGAGCACGAGGAGGAGAAGGUGAACAUGUACUGUGUCACUGACGAUCAGCUGAUCUGCUCGUUGUGCAAACUGGUUGGAAGGCACAGGGACCACCAAGUGGCAGCACUGAGCGACCGCUAUGAAAAACUCAGGCAAGCCCUGGACUCCAACCUGAGCAAUUUGAUCAAGAGGAACAAUGAGUUGGAGUCUCUUAUGGGGAAACUGAUCCAGACUUGUCAGCAUGUGGAGGUGAACGCGUCCCGCCAGGAGGGCAAGCUCUUGGAGGAGUGCGAUGUCCUGAUUGACAUUAUUCAGCAGAGGAGGCAGAUCAUUGGCAGCAAGAUCAAAGAGGGGAAGACGCAAAGGCUUCGGAAGCUCGCCCAGCAGAUCUCCAACUGCAAGCAGUGCAUCGAGAGGUCCUCGGCUCUCAUCACGCAGGCCGAUCAGACGCUGAAAGAGACCGAUCACGCUCGCUUCCUACAGACGGCCAAGAGCAUCAACGAGAGGGUUUCCAUGGCGACCGCAUCAACCCAAGUGCUGAUCCCUGAGAUACACUUAACCGACACCUUCGACACCUUUGCCCUGGACUUCACCAGAGAGAAGAAGCUGCUGGAGAAUCUGGAUUACCUCACUGCUCCAAGUGCUCCGUGCAUAAGGGAAGAGUUGUGCACGGCCUCCUACGACACCAUCACUGUCCACUGGACGUCCGAUGAUGAGUUCACGGUGGUGUCCUAUGAGCUCCAGUACGCCAUCUUUACUGGACAGUCCAACAUUGCCAGUCUGUGCAACUCCUUGGAAAGUUGGAUGAUUGUACCCAACAUCAAGCAGAACCACUACACAGUGCACGGUCUGCAGAGCGGCACCAAGUAUAUCUUUGUUGUCAAGGCCAUUAACCAAGCGGGAAGCAGGAGCAGCGAACCGGGGACUCUCAAGACCAACAGCCAACCGUUCAAGCUUGACCCCAAAUCUGCUCACAAGAAGCUCAAGGUCUCCCACGAUAACCUGACAGUGGAGCGGGACGAAACCACGUCCAAGAAAGGCCACAGCCAGGAGCGCUUCACCAGCCAGAGCAGCUAUGGCGUGGUGGGAAAUGUCUACAUCGACAGCGGGCGUCACUACUGGGAGGCUCUGAUUGGAGGGAGCACAUGGUACGCUGUGGGCAUCGCCUACAAAUCGGCCCCUAAGCACGAGUGGAUCGGCAAGAACUCGGCCUCCUGGGUGCUCUGCCGCUGCAACAACUCCUGGGUGGUUCGCCACAACAGCAAGGAGCUGGCCAUCGAGCCGUCGCCCCACCUGCGGCGCGUCGGGGUCCUGCUGGACUACGACGCCGGAUACCUGACCUUCUACGACGCCGUGGGAUCCCAGCACCUGCACACGUUUCACGUCUCCUUCGUCCAGCCCGUGUGCCCCGUGUUCAACGUGUGGAACAAGUGUCUGACGAUCCUCACCGGCCUGCCCAUCCCCGACCAUUUGGAGGGACUGGAGCCUCACAACUGAACGCCACAGACGGACGAGAAUAACUGAGCAUUAUAUCUUAAAGCUGCACUUGGGCGAGGGUUGUGAAAAUGCUCGUCUUUGGACAGAGAACAGAGGAGCGAUCCGUCAUCUUUAAUUCAUACAGAUCUGCUCUAUUUACUCAAAUUAAAUUCGGUUCAUGUGCACUUUUGCACCCAGAGGCGAUGACAAAACAGUGAAAUAUAAACUGCCUCCUCGCUUAGCAGCAACUAGCAACUCACUGGUGUCUGAUAUGCUCUUCUUCUACCAUUUGUUUUGUUUUUAUACAUGCAGACAGACUUGUCUCCAUGCGAGUAUCCCAGUCAAUCACUUCUGCAGACAAAAAACAAAACUUGCGAGCAUUCAUACGAAGCUACCUAGUGCAGCUUUAACGUGCAAAAGAAAUGCCCGGGGUGUUAUUUUGUCACGCUUCUCAAAAGCGAUUUUCAUUUCAUUCUGAUUUCUAAAUGCAAAUAUGAUGCUGUUUGAAAGUUGUGUUAGACUUUAUAAGGCUUAGUGAAAACCCAGUCCAGAUGGAUUGACUAUAAACUGGAGUCGGUCCAGGACAGUGUUGGACUAGACUACUCGAAGGCACUUUGGUCUACAAUGGGCAUAUUUGUACCAACUAGGAAACAAGCCACAAAUCAAUUUUCCUUUUUUUUUUCACCUUAUCAAAUAUAGCACUUUGAAAACCCCUGAACACACAAAAUCAUGGACACUGCAAUCGAUCGCUGGAAAGAGCAGAAUAACAGAUGUAUAUUUUGUAAAGUCCUCGCAUUGCCCGCCCCUCCGCUUUUCCCCCUUUUCAUUAAAAAGGAACCAAAGUAGCCAUUGCUGUCUGUUCAGACGCUCCACCAUAACAAAUGCUGAAUUAUUUUUAAGAUGUGACGGAGAGAGAAGCGUUCUGCUAAUGUUAAAUUGCAGGUUUCCCUUAAAUGUAGACCUUGUUUUUUUGCACAUACUUUACUCACGGUUUUGUAGCCUAAAAUUCAUUUCGGUGCAAUUAACAUGCAUUUGUAUUGGGAACGUGUUGUUAUGUUUUGUCUUUUGUUUUCUGGCAAUCAUACAGGUCCUGUCGUUAUGAUUUUGCAUAAUGUUGUGUUACAGUCGUAGCCCUGGGUUGUUAAUGAAGAGAAGGCGUUAAAAAUGCACAUUCGGGUGUCAUUUUUUCUCUCACUUUUCUGCAGCAUAUGGACGUACAGUGAGACACAUCUGCGCCGGAGUACACCAGAGUCAUUUGUUUGCUUUUAAUUAAGAGUGUUAUCUUUUCGAAAAAAAUUUUACAUGCUGUUUUAACACUUUCGUCAAAUAUUAAGUUGCUCUAUGAAAUCACACUUCACUUUAUUAAGGCCCAUGCACACAGGGGGCUGCUCUCAGACUUGUUGCACAAUCAUGAUGUCAAUAGGCUGCACCUCAUUUUUUACUUCAGUCAGUGGCUAAAUCUUGAUUUUCCUUCAUUUUUCCUACUUAAAAGGGACAAAAUGAGAUUUAGCCAAUGAUGCUAAAACCCUUCCAACAAAACCCCCCUAAAAGGGACACAGUCAAGUCAGAUCAUUUAGAUUUGUUCUAUAUGUAAUAAUGGUUAACAAAAAUGUAAAUAUAAAGAGAUUUGGUUCCAGUACACUUCUGAAAGUUUUUUUUUUAAUUCUGUGUUUUCAUGGCAAUACAUCAAACUGUGUGUUUCAUUGUAUCUGAUAUAUAGUGCUUAAUUUAAUGUUUCCAUUUGAACUUUAUGACCAUGGUGUUCUAUGUUCUGUCUCUGUGGACAUUUUUAUGGGAAAAAAAACGAGUGCUUGCAUCACCGUCGUCUGAGAUAAGUCUAUGAGAAAAUAAACAUUGUUCCUUUUCACAUUAAA